AUGCCGCUGCCCCCACUCAAGCCCCCCCCCUGCCGAGCUGCAAUGGAGCCACCCCCGCCCGAGCCUCAGGAGCCCCCCCCGGCUGUGGAGCCCCCCCAGGAGCCCCCCCCGAUGCCGGCUGAGGAGCCCCCUCCCACCUACCCCAUGGACUUUGAGAAGUUCUGGCUGGCGGCGCAGAGCAACCCCCACGACUUCACAGCCUGGACCGAGCUGCUGCAGUUUGUGGAGCAGGAGAACCACCUCCUGGCUGCCCGCAAAGCCUUCGAUGCCUUCUUUUCCCAUUAUCCCUAUUGCUACGGCUACUGGAAGAAGUACGCGGACAUGGAGCGGCGCUUCGAGUGCGCCCGCGAGACAGAGGAGGUGUUUGAGAGGGGUCUUCAGUCCAUCCCCCUCAGCAUGGACCUAUGGAUCCACUACAUCUCCUACCUCCAAUCCACCCUGGAUAUGAACCGUCCCGAAUCCAUCCAGAAGAUCCGUGGCGUCUUCGAGGCAGCGGUGGCAGCAGCCGGGAUGGAUUUCCGCUCGGAUAAACUCUGGGAACUCUAGGAAUUGGGAACGGAACAAGGAGACCUUCGUGCCGUCACUGGGAUCUACGACCGUGUCCUCUCCAUGCCAACCCAGCUCUACAACCAUCACUGGGAGAAGUUCAAGGAACACGUUCUCCACAACCCCCCCAAGGACAUCCUAUCCCCAGAGGAGCUCCUCUGGGUCCAAUCCAAGCUGGCCACCGAUCCCGUGCCGAAGCCUCCGGAGCCGGAAGGGACGGAAGCGCCGCCGGGAGAGGAUUUGCCACCCGGUGUGGAGGGAAAGGCAGCGGCAGCGAACGCUCAGGACGAUCUAGACCAGGAAAAGAUCCGGGAGCUGGUGAUUUCCAUGCGGCAGCAAAUCUACGCUCAGAACGAGGCGGAAGUCAGCAAACGCUGGAAUUUCGAGGACGGGAUCAAGCGUCCCUAUUUCCACGUGAAGCCCUUGGAGAGGGCCCAGCUGCGGAACUGGCGGGAUUACCUGGAUUACGAGAUGGCAGCGGGCUCCCACGAGCGCACCAUCGUCCUCUUCGAGCGCUGCGUCAUCGCCUGCGCCCUCUACGAGGAGUUCUGGAUCAAGUACACCAAAUACCUGGAAAACCACACGGUGACGGGAGCCCGGAGUGUCUUCCAGCGGGCCUGUGGCUAUCACCUGCCCAGGAAGCCCAACAUCCACCUCCUGUGGGCUGCCUUUGAGGGAGAAACAAGGUAGGGGAGCCCUGAAAGGGACC